UCUCUUUUUUCCUUCUCUAACGGCUUAAAUUAAGCUCCAAUCAUGAAGUUUUGCUACACUGUUCUAUAAUAAAAAAUUCUUCUUCUUCUCCUUCUUCUUCUUCCUUCAUAUUAGAGAUAAGAGUUUCAAUAUGGGAGAAGCUCGAGAAAUACAGCUCCAUAUCAGAGAUGAAGGAGAUCCAGCACCAACAUCACCGAAGGAGGCAGCUUUCGGUCAACCCCAAUCUUCUUCCAAGCUCACAAAUUGGCAAUGGUGGUUCCUCCUCUUCUUCUACAGCUUCUUAAUCCUUGCCGGCCAGACUGCCGGCAACCUCCUCGGCCGCUUUUACUACAACUUGGGCGGAAAGAGCUUGUGGAUGGCCACCUUCAUUUCCUCCGCCGGUUUUCCCCUCAUCAUCCCCCUUCUCUUCCUCCGACCUCAGUCCUCCACCGCCGCCGUGCCCCGCCCCUCCAUCGCUAAACUCGCCACAAUUUACAUCGUCCUCGGCCUCCUCACCACCGGAAACAAUCUCAUGUACUCAUACGGUCUCCUCUAUCUCCCUGUCUCCACCUUCUCUCUCAUUUGCGCCACACAACUUGCCUUCAAUGCAGUCUUCUCCUACUUCCUAAACUCCCAAAAGUUCACUCCUUUCAUCUUCAAUUCCAUCAUUCUCCUCACCCUCGCCGCCGCUCUCCUCGGCGUUCACUCUGAAGGCGGCUCUGUUUCCGGUAAUAAGUACGCUAUUGGAAUAGCUCUAACCCUGGUGGCAUCUGCUGGUUUUUCCCUUGUUCUCUCCCUCACCCAAUUGGCUUACCAAAAGGUUAUAAAAUCCGAGACCUUCACCGUCGUCUUGGAAAUGAUUUUGUGGACUGGAGUAGUCUCUUCGGUGUCUUCGUUGGUCGGACUUUUCGCCGGCGGGGAUUGGAGGGGGAUUCAUGAGGAGUUUGUAGGAUCCGAGAAGGGUAAGGUGGCGUAUAUAAUGACUUUGCUAUGGACUGCGAUAGGCUGGCUGGUGUACUCUGUGGGGAAUGUUGCUUUGAUCUUUCUGGUUUCUUCUCUGUUUGCUAAUGUGAUCGGAACACUAGGUACUCCUCUGGUGCCAGUCUUUGCGGUUGUGUUCUUCCAUGAUACCAUGGAUGGAGUGAAGGUGGUGGCUUUAUUGAUUUCAAUUUUGGGGUUUGUUAAUUAUGUGUAUCAGCAUUAUCUAGAUGAUGCAAAGGACAAGAAAACUACGAGGAAGGAACAUCCUUAGCAAUCUAUGAAAGUAUAAGUAUAUUUUUUUUUUCUUAAAUUUGUGUUUUUGCUAGUUUUGUUGAUUAGAAUAACUAAGAUUAUUUUCUUUAACAAUCUAACUGUGUAAUUGCUUGCUUGGCAAAAGCAAAAAAAUAAGAGUUACAUACA